AUGGUUAAAUUUUCAAACUUUGAUAAAAAUGCUGUGUUUAAAAAUUUAGACAUUGCUACUAAUACAAGUGUUAAUCAAGAAGAAGUAGAAAAAGAUGUUGCUGAUACUUUUGUAAAUUUCUUAACCUUUCUUGAUAUUAAUGAAGAUGAAGCCUUUGACAAUGCUAAGUUAUUUCGCCAAUCUCAUGCUCAAUUUGCUAUAAAGCAAUUAAGUUGGCUGUCAUCUGGUGCUUCUUCCAUGGAAUCAAGUAGAACAUGGUACUGUUUUUGGGGUAUACAUACACUAAGAUUAUUAAAUUAUACAAUAAGUGAAAAAUUAGCUAACAAUGUAAUUACAUUCUUGAAAUCAUGUCAUAACAGUGAUGGAGGUUUUAGUGGUUCUCCGGGACAAUUAUCACAUUUGGCACCUACAUAUGGUGCUGUAAUGGCUUUAUUAGAAAUUGGUACUGAGGAAGCUUAUCAUUGUAUUAAUCAAAAAUCUAUGUUUAAUUUUAUAAAAUCUCUCAGUGUUGGUGAUGGAAGUUUUUAUAUGCAUGUUGGUGGAGAAAUUGAUAUGCGUGCUACAUAUUGUGCAAUUUCUAUUGCUUCAAUAUUAAAUCUUGACAUGAAUGUAUUAUUUAAAGGUACUGCCGUUUGGAUUCGAGAUUCACAAACAUUUGAAGGUGGUUUUGGAGGUUUACCUGAUGUUGAAGCACAUGGCGGUUAUACUUAUUGUGCUGUUGCAGGCUUAUCAUUGUUAAACAAAUUGAAUACAAUUGAUUUGACAAACUUGUCAUGCUGGUUACAACUUAAACAAAUGCCUUUUGAGGGUGGAUUUUGUGGUCGCACAAAUAAACUUGUUGAUGCGUGUUAUUCAUUUUGGCAAGGAUCUAUUUUUGCAAUUUUAAAAAAUUUCAGUAAGACAGAACCAAAUUUUGUUUAUCCUGAAUUGGAUGCAAAAGCAUUAGAAGCAUUUACAUUGUUUAUCUCUCAAGAUCCUUUGGGUGGUUUAAAAGAUAAACCAGGAAAACCUUGUGAUUUAUAUCAUACUUGUUAUUCAUUAAGUGGUUUAUCAAUUGCUCAACAUUACCAUAAUGAAAAUCAAAUAGUAGGCGGGGAAAAUUGUAUAGUUGAAAGUAUAGAUCCUCAUUAUAAUUUAACUGUGAAGAUGGUUAAAGUUAAGAAGAAGGCAUCAAAAAUUGAUAAAAAAUUAAAACUUAAGAAAUUUGAAAAUGUAAAUGUAAAUAGUAGCCUUUUAAUUCAUCAUGAACAAGGAACAAAAUGGUAUAACAAUACAUAUGAUGACAAAGCAACUAGUGAAAAUGAUUUACUUACUGGAGAUGAAUUGAAAAUGUUAGAAGAAAAAGCUAGCAAGUUAUUACAAAAUGAUUGUAAUAUUUUUCAUAAGAAAAAUAAUACUUCACUAGCAAAUAUUAAUUGGAUGGAAACUAUAUUAUCAAAGGGUACCUUCAAUGAUAAAAUUACAGCUAUGCAACUUUCUAUCAAAAAAAGUCCAGUACAUUCUUUAGAACAUUUAAAUAGUUUAGUUUCUAUUUGUGAGAAAAAAAAGUUAAGAAAUUUAUAUUUGUUAAUUAGAUUGUUAAAAGAUAUCUUCCUUCUUGAUCUUUUACCCUCAGAUAGAAAAUUAAUUUCAUUUAAUCAACGUCCUUUAGCUAGAAUUAAUGAGUUGUCAGGUGGUGAUGCUAAUGUUAUUAAUAGAAGACUUAUCAUGUGGAAAUAUGAAUCUGAACUUAAAAAUGUUUACCAUAAAUUUAUAAAAGCUUUAGAUAAUUGUAGUUCUGUGGUUGUUGAAAAUAUUGCCAACCAAAGUAGUUCUUUUUUGAUGGAUCUCUUAAUGGAAAGACCUGAAAAGGAAAGUGAAAUAUUGACAAUGUUAGUUAAUCAACUUGGAAAUCCUCAUAAAAAAAAUGCUUCUUAUAUAAUUGUUCUUUUAAAAAAAUUAAUAGAUAAGCAUCCAUCUAUGAAAGAAGUUGUAAUAAAAGAAAUUGAAACAUUAAUAUUUAGAAAAAAUAUUCCAAUUAAAACACAACAGUAUGCUGUUGGUUUUCUUACACAAAUAUUUUUAAAUGUUGUUGAGAAGAAUGCAGCUCAAAUAUUAUUAAAAAUUUAUUUUGCUCUUAUUAAAACAUUGUUAGCAAAAGAAAAUAAUGAAUGUAAAUUAAUGGAUUUAGUAAUAGUGGGGGUAUAUCGUGUUUUACCAUAUGCUAAAGAUAGAAUUAAUGAAAUGAGUAAAGAAAUUGAAAGUUUAUAUAAAUUGAUUACUGUUGCCAAAUAUUCAAUUUCUAUGAGAACAUUACGUUUAGUAUUUAAAUCAAGUUCAAUUGUCGGUACAGUAUCUGAUCAAUUUUAUGCAUCUCUAUACAGAUUUAUGUUUCGUGAUCAUCCAUCUAAAUACCAAAAGGAUUUAUUUGCUCUUGUCUAUGAUGCUGUUAAGCAUGAUGCUAUUUUUGAAAGACAAAGAGCUUUUAUUAAGCGACUUUUUCAGAUAGCUUUGGUAGGACUUCCUGAAUUAGCAGCUGAAGCCUUAUUUACAGUUGGAAGGCUUGUUAAAACAAAUAAAAAUUUAAUUUUACUUCCUGAACAUGACUAUUCAGGUGGUUGUGAUGUAAAAAAAGAAGAAGAUGAUAUUGCUGAAGUAGAAGUAGAGGAUGAAGAUGAAGUAUAUUAUGAUUAUGAUAUUGACGAAGGAGGAAAUAUUGUGAAACUUGAAGCACAGGUUGAUCAAAAUAAUUUUAAAUUUGCCGUAAAAACUGAGGAGAUUGAAAAAAAUAAAUUUAAAAUUACCAAAUUUUAUAACCCUCAUGGUCUUAAUCCGCAAUAUUCCAAAGCUCAUCAAUCUUCUGAUGUUGAAUUAUUGUAUCUUAAAAAACAUUACCAUCCUAUUGUCUCUGAUUUUGCUUCUAAAUUGAUAAGGAAUACAGAGAUUAUUUACAAAGAUGACUUUAAGGAGGAUCUUUCUGUUAUAAGAUUUUUGGAUCGUUUUGCUUUCCAAAAAAGUAAAAAGAGUUCAAAAAAUAGUAUUAAAUGUUUGGCUGUUGAUUCAGAGGAAUACAUUCAAAUGAAUCCUAAUAAGGUUCCUUUGGAUGAGAUAUAUCUUCAUAGAUAUGCUCGUCUUAAACUUUCAAAAUCUAAAAAUACUGAAGAAGAUAGAUUCUCUAUUAAUUCUGACGAGUUUGAUGAAAUUAUUAAAAACUUUAAUGAUCAAUCUAUGGCAGAUGAUGUUAUGGAUAGUGAUGAUGAUUUGGAUAUUUUUGAAAAAGAACUGGAAGAAAAACAAAAGGUUGGUAAGAAAAGAAAAAGAACAAGUGAUGCAGAAAAAUCUCUUUAUGAAGUUCUUAAAGGUGUUGAUACUGAAGAACCUGAAGAUAGUGAGGAAGAAGUCGGUUUUGAAAAUGAUGAUGGUUUUAGCAGUAGUGACAAUGAUAGUGACGAUAAUGAUGCUUUCAUCAACGACGACGACGAUGAUGAUGCUGUUGACGAUGAUGAUGAUGAUGAUGACGAUGCUAUGAACGAUGGUGUCGGUGAUAAUUUUGUUGAGAUUACUGAUGAAGAAGAAGAUGAGUAG